UCACAAAAACAUUUCCCAACGUAGCCGUAAACAUUAAUAAAAUAAGUAAAGAAUACAAGAUAAAGCGAUGCUGUAGAUUAAAUCCUCUGGGUAUUUAAAGAACGUUCAUCAGAUUCAAGGUUUCAGUACGUAAAGUGAAGUGACGACUUAACCGAAAAUGUGGUCUAGAAUUGUAGUAACACUGGUUCUGAUUCAUUGUCUGGCCGCAUUGCCGGCUCCAGAGCAGGACACUACAGGAUCAUGGAGCGCGGAUGAAGCUUGUCAGGCCCAAACCAAAUCGUCGUUUUUAGAAAACCAAAACGAUCCCACCUGCAAAACAUUUAUUUAUUGCUACAUCACUAAUUCAUCAAAUCAAGCUUUGGUUAAAAGUUGUAAAAGCGGAAUGUACUUCGACACAACAUUAAAAGUUUGCUCCAUAAAUAAGCCCCAAAAUUGUGCAUAACAUCCUAAACUUUAAAAGGAAUAUAUUAUAUUAU